AUGUCUGAAAUAACAAGACCAAAAGCGGAUCCAGGUUGGAAUGAUCCACCUACUUUAAAUUAUAAUUCUUCAAAUCCACCUCCAAAAUCGAGAAUUGGAAAUAAAAGAAUUGCAUUUCCACUGUCGGGAAAUCAAUCAGUAAAUUUACCACCUCAAGCAGCUCCCAACACUAGUAUUCCAACUCCUCCAAUGAUUCCUAUAGUUCCAGAUGGAAACUCUUCCAACACAACAUUAUUAGAAAGAGUUUUACAAAAUAUAAAUCAAGCUCAAGAUAAAUUAAUUGGAGAUUCCACCGGAGGUGUUUGUAGUAAACUUGAGGUGAUGAAGCAAAUGUGGAUGGAUGGAAAGUUUAACGAAAAGAUGCAGAAUAAUAUUUUUAAUUUAAGUACAUUUUUGGCCGAGGGAAAUUUAGAAAAAGCUAAUCAAUGUCAGUUGCAAUUGAUGAUGGAAGAUUCCACUCUUUGUAAUUCGUGGAUUAGUGCAUUUACAGUAUUUACUACACCUUUAAACAAAUAA